AUGCAACAAUCUGUAAGACGCCAGAUUCAGCCCAUUGAUUCCCUCACGCCUUUUCUCGGCGGGAAGUGGUGGAUUCGCGCUCGGGUGGCCGAUAAGUCCGAUAUCAGAACCUGGAACAAACCCACCUCUCAAGGCAAAUUGUUCUCCUUUACCAUUCUUGAUGAAUCCUCAUCUAUUCGUGCAACGAUAUUCAAUGACGCGGUGGACACAUUUAACUCACUUGUCGAGAACGGUAAUGUGUACUACUUUAGCGGUGGGCAGGUCAAAAACGCCAAUCGACGGUUCAGCAACGUGAACAACGACUAUGAGCUUACUUUCGACACUAACUCCGAGAUUAUUCUGGCUCGUGAUGGCUCUUCUAUGACGCUGCCCUUGGUGCGGUACUAUUUCGUACCGAUUGAGCUUCUUAAGCAGCGCGAGGUCGGAUCUGUCGUUGAUAUACUAGGUGUAGUCUUAAAUAAUGGGGAUCUUUCUUCAAUCAUACAGAGGUCGACCGGGCGUGCGCUUGUCAAACGCAACGUGAAGCUUGCCGACAUGACAGCCUCGGUGGAGGUAACCCUUUGGGGGGACGAGGCCAAGACGUGGGCGCAGGAGGUCGGCACCGUUAUCGCACUUCGCCACCUUAAAGUGGGAAGUUUUGAUGGCAUCACGCUGUCCACCACCUUCCAGACCCAAAUCGACGCCAACAUGGUGGACAUCGCGGAUGCCAAGAAGCUCGCGAUGUGGUAUAACUCCUCGGGCGGGACGGAUGUGCCCUCGCUCUCCACGCCUGGGCGCGGUCCGGGUGCGGGUGGCGGCACCGACGAAAGCAACCGCGGGCGGAAGUACUUUUCGGAGAUCCGGCUCGAGUCCCUCGGCCGCGGGGCCAAGCCGGACUACGUCGACGUUCGCUGUGUUCCCAUCUACAUGAAGCAGGACACCCACUGGUACGACGCGUGCCCGACGUGCAAUAAAAAGGUCACCCCCCAAGAUACCCAAAGACAGCACUUCCGCUGCGAGAAGUGCGACGCGUUGGUGGAGCCCACGCAGCGCUACCUCAUCUCCAUCCACGCCAGCGACAACGUCUCACAGGAGUGGCUCACGCUGUUUAACGAGGCCGGGGUGGAGUUCUUUGGGAUGACCGCGCCGGAGUUCAAGGCGCAGGCGGAGAAGGACCCGAUGUUUGUGGCGCGGCUCACGCAGAACCGGAUCAACCGCCCUGUUUUGAUGCGACUGCGUGUGAAGGAUGAGAGCUUCGCCAACGGGAUGUCCGGGGAGGACUCGGACCGGCUCCGAAUGAGCGUCGUGCGAAUUAGCGAGUUUAUGCCGAUUGCAGGGGUUACUGAGGAAAUCCGACAACGUCUGGCGGUGGGCCUGAAGUCUGAAUGUGACAAUUUGAUUAAAUGCAUUAAUGCAUAUCUCUGA